ACUUCGGAACUUAUUUGUUGUCACUACAGGUGCAUUUUUCUUUUUUAUGAAUUUACCUUUUUAAACUCUGUCGGUUUGUAAAUGUUAAAGAAUGAGAAUAUGGCGACAGCAGAAGAAAACUUAAAGUCACAAUUUCAACUUCUUCAAGAUCAGCAACAAAAGAAGUUGUUAAGACGCAAACAAAGGAAGGAAGAACAACGGGCUAAAACAGCUUCCGUUUUACCAUCACAUACAAACAAUGCAUUUGGUGUCUCAGAUCAAUUAGAUUUAAAGCUAGCUGCUCCAUCACAGAACCAAAGUUAUGUGUCUGAAGAACUUGUAGACCAUCUCAAUGAACAGAUAAGGGAAUUGAAGGAUGAGAAUGGGAGAGUUUACAAGUUGCUUAGUGAGAGAGAUUUUGAGCUCCGUAAUCUUAAGAAGAAAAGAGAGGAGGAAAAAGUUGCACUAGCAGCUACUGGUGGCCCUGUGACAAAUGAAACGGCUGGCACAAAAAUUGUGGAACUGUCAAAGAAAGUACGGGAAAUGACUGCCGAGUUAGAAUCUGAGAAAAAUAAAAGUCGGCAACUUGCCAGAAAAUGCCAAGAUUUACAGCAACAGGUUGCAGGGAUGAAUUCUGACAAUAAAUCAAUCAGAGCUUCAACUAUCAGCCUAAGAUCCAGCAUAGAUGAAAAGCCAGAUGAUCCAAAUGAAAUCAAAGUUUUACAGGAUAAAUUAAAACAAAUGGAGUCAAAGAUGAUAGAUUAUAGAAACAGUAAUUCAACGCUCAAACAGGAACUUAGAAUUGCUCAUAAGGCGUUAUCUCAGGAAGUUGGAGACAAUGUUAACAUACAAUCUUGCCUUAGUGCUAACAGUAACUGGAGAGGAAGGGCACAACAAAUUUUACAGCUGCAAUUAAAGAAUGACGAACUGAAACAGGAAGUUCAGAAAUUAAAAGGUGCUACGGAAGCAUAUGACCUUGAAGCUGAAAUGCUAGGUAAUAAGAAGAAGUCAGCUGUUGACAGGCACAAAGAUCAGCUGAAAAAACUGGAAAAGGAGAAGAAAGAUGCUCAGGGUAAAAUGGCAGCUGAAAAAGAAGCUUUAGAAGAGGAAAAUUUUGCAUUAAAACAUAAAUUGGAUGUUUCAAAAACUAGGAACCAGGUGCUAAGCAAUGAAAUAAAAAACCUGAAGAAACAAGUGCCUGAAUUAUUAAAGAAAAAUGAACAUGAUAAUGAACUUAUAGAGGCUUUAAUGAAAGAACAAACAAAUAUAAGACAACAGUUGGACGAAGCUAGGAAAAAUCAGCAUAAUAUAAAAAUUGAACAACAACAUAAACUCAACGAGAUGAAUGCAAAAGAACAGCAUGAGAAAAAUGUGGUGGAACAACUUAAAACUAUUGUGGCUGACAAGGAAACAAAAGUUAAAGUUCUUGAAAAUGAGAUUCAACAGUUGAAACUUGCACAUUUACAGAGAGCUCAGAUGAAUAAAUUGUUUGAACCAUCAGGCAACCAGUCACAGGCUAAUGGGCAAACACCGAUACCAGUCCAGAAUGUCACCGUGGACAGUCGACCGUCUACUGGGUUUGAAACAGUAGAUCUGCAAUACCAAAUAGGUACAGAAACUCCACCACCGGACUCCAGGAUGUCAGAUGUACCAAACAUUCCGUUGCCUGAAAAUAAUGCUCUUCCAUCUAGAGGUCCUGUUGUAGAAUUUGCUAAACCACCAUCAAGGGCUCUGUCUAGGAGUCAUUCCAGAAGUAACAGACCAUCAUCUGGAAACAGACCUCCUUCAGGGACCAGACCCUCGUCAGCCAGUAAAACAGUUGACAAUGAGAUGUUGGGACAGUUACAGUAUCAAUGUCAGGAGUACCGUACUGUGGCCCAGGUUGCUGAAGUGGAGAGAGACAAACUGACAGAACUAACCAAGAUGCUUCAGUCAAGAUUAGAUGAUUCUGCUCAUAAAUUACAAGAAAAUCAAAAAGAACUUCUGGAUCAACGAAGAAGAAAUGCACUGCUUGAAAAACAAGUGGCAAAGGCUAACCUAACAACAGCAAGAUCUGCUGGAGGAAUGUCUGCCAGGAAGAAGUCCGGACUUACAGCCAGUGUCUCGAACUUGCCCACAAUGCCAGAGGACGAAGAUGUACGCAAUAUGUCAGUAGAAGAACUAGUUGUCAGUUUGGAAAUUCAACGAGAUGAAAACGAGGCUUUAAAGGCAGCAUUGCAAACAACUUUAAAAUCUAAAGAAGAAGAUAUGAGAAUAUAUAGUGACACUAUAGAAGAAACGAAAAAAGUGUUCUUACAGGCUUUAAGACAAUAUAAACAGACUGUUCAUGGGACGUAGCAAACGUUCAAAUUUUAUGUCUAUAUCAAAUGUAUUUAUUUAUAGUAACAUGAAGAGAAACGUAUAUGAAUAUUCAUUGAAUAAUGUCUAUAUCAAAUGUGUUUAUUUAUAGUAACACGAAGAGAAACAUAUAUGAAUAUUCAUUGAAUAAUGUCUAUAUCAAAUG